AUGGUUUCUGACGGUGAGGACAAGGUUCCUGGCGGUGAGGACAAGGUUUCUGUCGGUGAGAACAAGAUUCCUGGCGGUGAGGACAAGGUUUCACACGGUGAGGACAAGGUUUCUAGCGGUGAGGACAAGGUUGCUGGCGGUGAGGACAAGGUUCCCGGAGGUGAGAACAAUGUUACUGGCGGUGAGGACAAUGUUCCUUGCGGUGAGGACAAGGUUCCUGGAGGUGAGGACAAGAUUCCUGGCUUUGAGGACAAGGUCUCUGGCGGUAAGGACAAUAUUCGUGGCGGUGAGGACAUGCUUACUGGCGGUGAGAACAAGGUUUUUGGCGGUGAGGACAAGGUUCCUGGAGGUGAGAACAAUGUUACUGGCGGUGAGGACAAUGUUCCUUGCGGUGAGGACAAGGUUCCUGGGGAGGUGAGGACAAGAUUCCUGGCUUUGAGGACAAGGUCUCUGGCGGUAAGGACAAUAUUCGUGGCGGUGAGGACAUGCUUACUGGCGGUGAAAACAAGGUUCUUGGCGGUGAGGAUAACGUUCCUGGAGGUAUGGACAAGGUUCCUGGCGUUGAGGACAAUGUUUCUGACGGUAAGGACAAAGUUUCUAGCGGUGAGGACAAGGUUCUUGGCGGUGAGGACAAGAUUCCUGGCGGUGAGGACAAGGUUUCUGGUGGUGAGGACAAGGUUUCUGACUGUGACGACAAGGUUUCUGGCGGUGAGGACAAGGUUACUGGCGGUGAGGACAAGGUUCCUUGCGGUGAGGACAAGGUUACUGGCGGUGUGCUCGAGUGA